UGACCGACGCCCCAAAACUUGAAAUAAUUAUGAGAGCGAAAGGAAGUACAUAUUUGGACCCGGAAGUGUAGAGAGUUCUCUCGCUGCUUAGUGAGACAAAAUGGCGCAAGGCUUUGGAAGUGCCACUGUAGACCUACUUUCCAGUGACUGCUCCUGGGAUGAAGGUGAAGAUGAGGUAAACGUGACGGGACCCUGCCGUUGUUUGUUUUGUCCAUGUAUGUGUGAAAAUGCCAUCUCCUCUUUGGAACAUUUGCAGUUAGAGCAUCAGAUAAACUUGAGGGAGCUUUGUCAGAACAUGUCCUUCACAUCCUACAAUUGCAUCCAGAUGAUUAACUACAUUCGAAAAGAGAAAAUUCUUCCAUCAGAAUUGACACAAAUUUUUGAAACUCAGUUGUUUCCGUGGAAUGAUCCUAAAUAUCUCAAGCCAGAAGAUGAUGAAGAUCCAAUGCUUAUGUUAGAAAUUGUUCCUUGCAAUUUUGAUGAAAGUGGUCCAAGUCGUGUAAAUCCUGUUGACCCACAAGUUCCUAUUGGCACUGCAGAAAAUGGUUUAGAUUCAACGUUUGGAAUGAAUAAUGGUUACAACAUGACAAUAUCUGAACUGGGUGAAAAACUAAAAAUUUCUGAAAAUAGGUGCCACACGUUAACUGAUGCGUUAAGACGAGCUGUCAGUGACCUAAAUAAAGUCAGGGACUGUGCUAAUGAAUUUUACCUGAGUGCAGAAUCCAACUCAUCACAGUGUCAGUGCAACGCAGUGCAGAACCUAACCCAAGAUGAGGACGAAGCAUACUUUGGUUCUUACGGACAUUUUAGUAUUCACAGAGAAAUGUUACAGGUGAGUUGUUUCUAUGUCAAGCUUGGGGUGUCUGUAUAUGUAUUAGGUUGUGCUAAAUUUCUGUGUACUUACAGAAAUAUUACAGAUAACAACCUGUUGCCCUCAAUGGGACAGAUCCAAGUCUAG